UUUUUUUUUUAUUUUUACCUUUUUCCUUUUUUUUUCUUCUUCUUUACUUUCUUAUGUAUUAGUUUUCUUUAUAUAUAUUAUAUCCUUUCAAUCAUUCAUACCAAUGAUAUCUCAUAUUGAUUGUCCUCUACCCAUUCGAAAAAACGCUUGUUUAGUUUGUAGUGUAUGCUUCACUUGUUCAAAAACUUAUGGUAUGGAUUGUAACUGUGACAACAUCCAACCAAGACGAGGCAAGAAUUUACCUGGUGGAAGUUUAGACUCUAGAGCAAAGAAAUUACAUGCUGUAGAUAAAGAAGAUUACGACUUUUCAAUACAAUGGUUAACUCAAAAUGCUCAUGCCAUUUACAAAAACGAACAUGAUCAAGUCAUUGGUUUAUUACAAGUAGAUGAAGUCUCACUUUGCAAGGCACAUAGUUCUACGUUAUAUCGAGCCAAAAAACGCCAUCUACGCCGAUUAUCACAGCAAGCGCCUCCUUCACCAGCAGAUUCUAAUGGAAAUCUUGAUUCUCUCAUGUUACCACCUCCUCAUACUACUGAAUCAUCCCCUCGUCGGAAGAGUAACGGGUUACUACCGGUAACUAAUGGUGGUUUGGCUGCCAAGGUCAAGGAAAUGCAGCUCCCUUCCUAUCGUGACUAUUCGGAUCCUUCUGUUCCUCCUUUGCCCGAUUUCUCUUCUAUGUCUGCAUCUACCUCUAUGAAACGGAAACGAACUUCUCACUAUCCUAUCGAACAUGAAAAUGAUUAUUCUUCAUCUUCGUCAUCACCUGCUCCACCCUUAUCAAGUAUUAGUACUCCUUUGUUCUCCUCUAAUUCUUCCAUGAACGGUUAUUCUGGAUCAUCUGUGUCUUCUACUCUUCCUCCACAUCGUCAUCAAUCACAUCAUCGUCAUCAUCAUACUCGUCGCGACACAUCACCUGUGUUUACUCCACCAUCCACAACAAUAGAUCCUUUUACUUCACAACAAUUACCACCAUUACAACGUACUUCUAAACCAACAUCAAAUCAUCCUUAUUAUUAUUCUCCUCCUCAUCAUCAUCAUCGUUUGACUCUUGGCACUUCAUCAUUAUUCAUGGAUUCUCAACAACAACAACAACAACAAAUUCAUCCAUCUCAACCACAUAGUUCAUUACAAUAUUCUUAUGAUAAUACAGAUUCAUAUCAUCAUCAUCAUCAACAACAAAGACGAUUUUUAGUAGAAACUAUUUCAUUGAAAACAGAUCGACAACAAACUAUUCGACCUUUUAUAGUCAAUCAAAAAGAAUUGGAGCAUCAUCAGGAAGAUACAUCCAUGGAUAUAUCAACUGAAACCUCGUCAUCAUCAUCGUCAUCAUCAUCAUCAUCAUCCGUUUCACCCACAGUCUCACCAUCACCUCCUACUUUGGAAAAUAUCGUUUCACCAGAUCAUCAUCGCUAUUCUACACCAAUAACUUCAAAUAAUACUUUUUAUUUUAUUCGAAAUUUAGCCAUCACUGAUACUUUUACAUUCUAUCAGCUACUGGAAGAAAUCGAAAUGGACCGACCUCCCCCAGGCAAACGGAUUGUGAUUUCAAAUGCUUCUAAUGAUACUUUUUAUCCCCUUCAUGAACCUAUACGUAGUGUACUUCGUGAUCCUCCAUCUCCUCAUGUGGAACUUUGUCUUGGAUUAUGUGACAAACCUUCAAUAAAAUGGUCUUCUCUUGGUACUCCACCUCCAUCCAAUCGACCUUGAUGAUUCAUACUUAUUGUAGUUUAGUUUGCUUAUUAGUAUUAUUAUUAUUAUUAUUAUUAU